CUUAAGGUUGCUCGUCGCCUACCCUGCUUCACGUUGCUUUCCGCCACGAUUAACUCGAAUAUAUGAGCACACGGCCGCUCUCCCUACACGUCUCUGCUCUUAGUGAUGGAGAGUACGCUGCAUAUACCUCAAUUCUCGAUGGCAUCGCCCCCGCAGACGACGAGGACUUGAAUGUGCGAGAGACUAGAGCAUGGUUAAGGGGACGGUAUCCUGAUGCCCCAGUGGAUGACGUGCUCAAACUUUUCUCACCAAAGCUGGCGUUAAGAGAUACGCUGACGAGAGGACAAUUCUAUGUCGCGAUGCGACUUCUCGCGCAUGCACAGGUGGAACCGGGGCGAGAGCUGGAUCGAGGACUAGCAUUUAUUCAGCCCCAACUGCUCUCACCACCGUUAUCAACCUCACCGCCGCCGCGAACUAAUCCAUUCACGCCUGGGCAUCGCCCCAACAAUCCUUUUACGGCGCCUCCGUCGCGAAGACCAUCGACGACGUCCUUGCCACCGCCACGAGCAUCUUCUAACUCUCCCACACGGCCACCACCUCCGCUAAAACCGGCAUCGACGUCUCUUCCUGCGACACCAGCACGUCCAACGGCCAGAUCUACUUCACCUAACAAACCGUCUACAUCUGCUCCAGCGCCAGAUCUGCCUCCGCGUAAGCCCAGUAAGCCCCUCCUUCCCCCUCCAAAGAGAUUGCCCGUCGUACCACCGAAGCCAUCCAUAAAUGGCCCAGUUAUACCCCCGAAACCUCUGUUGCAGGGCAACGGGAAAGUGCCGGUUCAUACGACAGUAUUAAUGAAACAAAGUCUGCAAGCGAGUAAACAAGGGAGUGCGAUGAAAAAGGCCGAGGAGAUGCUGGAACGAGAAAGGGUUAUCGGAGUGCUCAAAAGCUCUUCCAACCCUGUGCCCUUGCACAAGUCAAAUAAUCCCUUCCCAGUAAGAAAGGCAGGCAGUUCUAGUUCCGACAGCGGUAGUGCGAGUGGAAAUCCUCUUCCCAGUCCACCAAUGUCUGUUAGCUCGCUGGAGCAAGUCGCACUAGCCACGGCCAAAUCGGGUCCGCCUCCACGACACCCAGCGCUAAGUGAAGAUGGAGGUCGACCACCACCUCGUCAUCCAGCGCUCAGCGACGACGGAAUCAUUGGACGUGGACCCUCGAGCGCCUCAAUUGGUACGUUAAGUCGGAGCAAGACACUUCAUCAUCACUCGUCCUCAACUUCCUCCAUGGGUCUCAAUACAUCCACCAUUGGACUUGGUGGCCGGAGGAAAAGACCGGAAAGUGUGCAGGUACUGAUGGCACAGGAAGCCGAAGAAGGAGCAGCUUUCCUGUCGCGCCAUGCUAGCAUAGGCCCUGGGAUUCAGAAAAAGCUUCAAGGACUUAUGGAAACCCAUGAACGGAGGGAGCGGGGAAAGCGUGGCAUACAGGAAGAGAGAGAGGGUCUGAUGGAAGAGGAAAGACUUCCGAGGGGAAGAUGGGAUAAUAGCGCUGAUAGUGCUGAAAGUGGGGCGGAGACGCCGACCGUUGAACCCGACAGAGACAACCUGAAGUGGCCAGUCCAGGAGGCAGAGGGAUGGAAACGGCUAUGAUAUUAUGUCGCUAGCUUUGGAGAGGUGUUCGUAUUUGUUUUGUGCCUCAUCAUGCCUUGUGUCUAACACAAUAUUACUUAUCAAGAGAGCCUGCGGGCCUCAUGUAUAUUAUUAAAUAAUACUCAUACUGGAAGUGCCGCGCAAUCUAAUUGAAAGUUAC